UCUUUAACUUACAUUUUUGAGCUUUGGCUAUAUUUGUAAUACUUGAUUAAUGUAAACAUAAACUUAAAAUAGAAAUUGUAUUGAAUGUUAUAUAUCAGUUCGUAACAAGUAAUCGUUGAUUCGAUGCGGUUACACGGAGUUCAAUAAACUUGGGACGUCGGACCUUUCGAGAUGUCAAUGGAUAUUUUUCGUUUUUAUUGUGAAUGUUUAGCGAUACAACCGUAAAGUAAUAGUAUACGCGUUCUACAUUUAUUAAUACUGCUAUGGAAAACCUAAAUUCUCAGGAGAGAUCCGUUCCAAUUCAGUAUGUUCGUGGUUCACGAGCCUUCCGCCAGUUUAAAAAUCCGCCGCAACCUCAUAUGUGUAUACAGGACACAGUAAAGGAUACAUCAGAGAAAUUAUUCAUAAAUGUGCUCGGAUGGCAGAAAAUAGCCAAUCCCAAGCAAUAUUCAGAUCCGAUACCGUUAUAUGGUGGUAUGCAGAUCCCUCAAGGCUGUGGACUGAAUAGCAACAAACCUCCACUACUAGUGUUUGCGGUUAUGGUAAAUCCUGACAUCUUGAAGGCAAAUGGAAAAAACGCUGAUAAUCGCACAGAUAGAGAAGCCCUGGUCAGCCUCCUCUGUGACUUUGUUGAAGCAAUGAACCCAGGUUUAUCACUCAGUCGAAACCCUGUCAUCCUUAAAGAUCGAGACCUGGCCGGUGAGCUGAAAGAUGUGUGGCUGGCUGUGCAGAACAAACGGGAACGGGAAAAGGGAAUGAGCCAAGAUGUAAUGUAUAAGGUGUAUGAUAUUGACGGUAUUGGUGGUGAUGAUGAUGAUGACAAAAUUAGAAAUGACAACUGUUCCCCAAACAGACCUGCCAACGAAAAGAAGAAUAUCGUGAAAUCUUCUAAACAGAUACUCCUCAAUGCUGGUCAAAAAUCAGAAUUCGAUUCAGGCAUGAACAAUUGCCAAUUAAAUCAAAACCAUCCAAGUAGAGACAACAGGAGCGCUAGCAAUAAUGACACCACAUAUUGUACUCCGGUCUAUGGUCAAAUAGUGUCAACCAGAGAGAAUCACAAUCAAAUAAAUGAUAUACAGCAGAAAUUCUCAUCGAAUGAAACGACAAAACCAUCAAGCUCCUUCCGGAAAGAUUGGAAUCCUGUACAUGGGAAAACUACAGAGGGUUGGGACGAGUUUUCCAAACGUAACAUAUCGUCUAUUAGCAGCGAAAAUGAAACGAAAAAGCAGAAAGUAAAAAACGAAAAGUCCAAUAACGAAUUGAGCAAUGGUAAGUCGCAUUAUGAUUUCUUUCCAGUUUUCGACAAUAAAACUGUUGAAUCUGAUGGCAUGGUAAGUGACAGUACAAUCAAAGAUACGACAGGUGAAGUGUGCAAAGACCAAGAAAUGAGGAAUGAAGACAAUUCUAAAAUAAUUAUAGACCCAAUGCAGAAAUUAGUUCUGCAUUCGACUGAUAACAAAAUAUGUGAUAAGACAAGUGCUCUCAACACACUAAGCUCAUAAUUGUAAAGCUUUUAUGUAUGAUUUUUGUAUGGCAGUUGAAUUUAAUUGAUCAUUGUGUACUGCUUAAAUGCUGUUUAUAUAGAGUGUAUAAAUAUUUGAAUUUGACAUGCAAUCAUUACUUUACUAGUCAAAUUUGUUUCUGAUUAUAAUUUUAUACAGUUUAAUCAAUUUCUAUAAGAUGUUCUUUGCAAUUUGCUAUAGUAUAUAUGAAUAUUUGAAUUGUCAACUUCAAGUUAAAUGAACAAUCUCAUAAAUAUGACCAAUUCUUUAAGUAUGGACGUGAAAAUGAGGGUAUAUAGAUCCAGAUAAUACUCUUAGUGAAAUAAUUGGCGGACAAGCCUGAUAUUACUAGUAAAUGUAUUGUUAUUUGAUAUAAUGUUAAUAAAUACAUAGUAACUCAUUAGUUAGAAAUUGAUUUGGGUAUCUACAAUGAACUUAGUAAUCUACAAACAUAGGUUCAUUAGCUAUUUAAAUACUUGACAAGUUAUUAUAAAUUUAAUAUAGUGAAUGUUACUCGAAAGUAAUGUCUGGAUUUAGUGGACCCCGAAUAUAGUGUGGCUGCAUGGGCAUAGAUUUUAAUGGUUGUGUAAUUUAAUAAUAUGUUUCAAGCGAAAUUGAACCUAGCGGCCUCGCCGCUUAGCAAUUUGCAGCUAUUGAUGCAUUAGGCGCAUGUUAUACUGUCAAAUAUAUAGGAUCAUACAUAUUAUCAAUACAAGACAAUACUGUCGUACUUAUCACUCUGUUUUUGGGACACGAUUAAACUGGUCGUACUCUUUUCUGUAACAAAACUCAACAGAUAAGUUUACUCAUUUUGUUACGGGAAGUGGUAAGGCGCAGGAAACUUGUAAACAUAAUAAUAUCAAAUAGUUCGUAAUAUAUAAAAUAUUUUACUAAAACUCGAAUUUUAGCGCGAAAUAAAAAGACAUGCCAAGUCGCCAUUUGGUGGGAAAAUGCCCGACUACUCAGUGUUAAUGUCACUAAGAAGUUUUGCGAUAACUAAUAAGCAUUGGAAUGAUCUGGUGUGGUCUUUAAGAUUUUAUUACAUUUGGUUGGGAGAUCCCCACCGAUCGAUUCCCCGUCCAAUUCAAACGGUGAUGGAAAUUAUGACGGCCGAGGUUUGAACCCCUAGCGGUGCCCUCAGACUAAAGUCGUAUCCGUCAGGCGGGAGUUGGCCUUCAGCCGCUCCAUAAGUCCUUCCGCGGGUUUGGAGUGCCAUCUGCACUCGCCUCCUAUUGUCUGGUGCAGCUGUAAAGGCCAGCUGCGGUCAACAGCAAUAGAGUAGUCCGAAAAAAAAUCUUGGGAGAUAUAUGUGAUCCUAUAUUUAGGCUAGUGUUACAGCGCCUAAAAUAUUGAUGUUUAUAUAAUACUAUAUUUUCAUUGUUGCCAAUUUUGACGUAAAUGAAUUCCAAAUUGUCGAAUUUUAAUAAUUACUUGAAAUGUUUAAAUUUUAUUGCUCAUUUAAAAUUCUAAACGAAUGAAUUGUUUCAUUAACAAUAUAAAAUUUAUGAAUGUAUUGUUGAUAUGAUCUCAAAAAGUAAUUUCUCUUAAUUAGGAAAUAUCGUACACUGCCAAAAUACACUCAAAUUGUAACGGUCUGUUAUAUAGAAACUCAUCUCAUGACAUCUUAUUGUAUACCAGAAACUUUAUAAUGACUUUUAUAAAU